AUGCCCGGCAAUCACUGCCGCGGCGGCGGCACCGCGCCGCCCUCCGGCCGGGAGGCGCCCGCCAACAGCGCCCGCCCCGGCGGCGGAGCCGCGGCCCAUCCCCUCCCCGCGCUCCUCCCCGCCGCGUGGCUCUCCCAUUCGGCGGCAGUUUUGGCCGCGUCCUUUUCUCUCUACUCUCCUCUCUCCUUCUCUGUUUCUGGCGGGGCUAUGGCCGCUUCCGAUGCCGACGAGCCCCUGCAAAAUGUUGGCUGUCGAACUUUGUCCUUGUCUGCACAUGUUGGGUUUGACAGCUUACCUGACCAACUGAUUAGGAAAUCCAUCAAGCAUGGCUUCUGCUUCAACAUUCUUUGCAUUGGAGAAACUGGAAUUGGGAAAUCAGCCUUGGUGAGCAGUUUGUUUAACACCGAUUUUGAGGACUCUCCAUCAACCCAUUUUCUGUCAAGUGUGCGACUUAGAGCCCAGACUUUUGAACUCCUGGAAAGUAAUGUUCUUUUGAAGCUGACAGUUGUAAAAACAGUGGGGUUUGGUGACCAGAUGAACAAAGCAGAUAGCUAUCAGCCAAUAGUGGAUUAUGUAGAUGCACAAUUUGAAGCCUAUCUCGAGGAAGAACUGAAAGUUAUACGUUCUUUAUUUAGCUACCAUGAUACUCGCAUCCAUGUCUGCCUCUAUUUCAUUUCACCUACAGGCCGUUCUCUAAAAACCAUAGAUUUGUUAACUAUGAGAAGCCUAGACAGUAAGGUGAAUAUUAUACCAGUUAUAGGCAAAGCAGACAGCAUUUCUAAAAAUGAGCUGCAAGACUACAAGAAGAAAAUAAUGGGUGAAUUAGCUAGCAAUGGCAUCCGAAUAUACCAGUUUCCUACUGAUGAUGAAACCGUUUCUGAGAUUAAUACCAUAACAAAUGGUUAUUUGCCAUUUGCCGUGGUAGGAAGUAUGGAGAAGGUGAAAAUAGGAAACGAAAUGGUGAGAGCUCGUCAAUACCCUUGGGGCAUUGUAAAAGUGGAAAAUGAGAACCACUGUGACACUAUAAAGCUCCGCAGGAUGCUUUUCACAAAUAUGGAAGACUUAAAGGAGAAGACUCGUGCAUAUUAUGAGUCGUACAGGCGCUGCAGGCUGGAAACGUUGGGUUGCAGAGACAUUGGUCCUGAGAACAAAUCAGUCAGUCUACAGGAAGUCAUUGAGGCAAAGAGGCUGGAGUUCUGCCUUGAAGUGGAAAGAAAAGAAGAGGAGAUUAAGCAACGAUUUGUGCAGAGAGUGAAGGAGAAAGCAGCAAUGUUGGAAGAGGCAGAGCAACAGGUACUGACUAAAUUUGAACAUCUUACGCUAAUGCGUCAAGAAGAGGAGCUGAAACUAGGGGAAAAGAAAAAACUUCUAGAAGAUGAUAAAGCUCACUUUGUUGAGAAGAAAGCUGUCACUAAAUCGAUUGAGUCACAAGUGUCUUCUGUCUCUAGCCCUGUUAGUUUGAAGACACAAGGACUGCGAAAAAAGCAAGAUUUUCAGCUUGAAGUCCAAUGCUUUCAUAUCAGAGAUGAAGGAGCUAUGACUGUUGGAGAGCAGAGCGAGAGGGAGAGUGAGAAGGAGGAGUUAGAGAGAGAAAUUCACCCAGGGACUUUCAGGAAUAGUAUUUGAUUGCAGCACUCAAGUUUUGAAUGGUAGGGUAUGCUAGUAGUUUUAUGAAGUGGUUUAACUGCUGUUGGCCCAUAUUAGAUGUGUCUUCCUAGUACAGGUUUUUGAGAGAAGAGAUUGAUAAAAUUGGCUGUAAAAACACGAAGUGCAGAGUAUGACCCAAUAAAGAUUUCACUUUCUUCCGCCCCACACACUUCUUUCUUUCACCACGCUCAAAGAAAAACUUGAAUAAAUUGUGAGAAUUCAGAAAUACUUUCAAAAGUAGUGUCCAGAAUAACACUCCUAACUGAUUUAUAUUAAAAACGUUGAAUUAAAUACUCAUAUAUUAACUAAAUUGACUUAAAUGUUUUUCUCCUCCAAAACCAGAAGUCAGUUAACUUACUAAUUUUCUUUCCUGAUCAUUUACAAAUUUACUGCAGAUGACAUUUUGUUAAUUAAUAACUUCCUGCAGUUGAAAACAGAUUUCUUGGUUCUGAAUUUAUUUAUAACUGCUAUAUUCUGAAGAACUUUAGAAGCUAAGUUUGUGCACAUAUUUCCACAGAAUCAUCAAGCUUUGACAUUUUUGGGGUGUAUGCUAGAAGCCUAGUUUGGCCAAAAAUUAUUCCAUUUCAACUACUUACCAAAUUCCUUUUCCUGGAUUCCUUUUUUUUUCUGGAUUUGCAUACAAAAGUGGAAUUCUUGGUAACAGAAGUCAUUAUCUGCACUACUAUGAGUAACCCUCUGGUUUAGUUUAAUUUCUUCAGAGUAUGCUAAGUUUAUAUUCUUGCUGUGGUUUUUCAGUUCCAGCUUUAUGUAGUACUGAUGACAGAAGACACAAUAUUGGUAAUUUCUCAUGAGGAAGCAGUGAUUCAUGGUGUACUCCUGAAGGUAUAGGAGUUCCAGUUUCUUACUUAAAUGUUGGCUAAUAUCUCUUGUUGCUGCAUUCUGCAAAAGGAUGAUUUUUAAGCAUGAUCUGUACACACACAGUGUGGUGGUUACUGUCAUUGUCAUCACAAGGUUUCUGUUACAGCUCUGCCUUGAUAUGGGUUUGCCUUACAUAAGUGUGGUCAGCUUGCUUUAAUUUUAAAUGCAUUUUGCCAAAGGAGGUGACCCUGCCAUAAACAGACUAUGAAUAGUGUAGUACAAAAAUAUUCAGUGAAUAUAUCCACUACAAGCUUCCUGAAGAGCUCUUUUCAAAUGGUAUUGUUUAUUAGUCCACUGAGUGUUAUUUAAUACAACUAUUGACAUAUUUGAACCAUUUACUGAUUUUGCUGAUAAGUUUUUGCUUAUAGGGUUUUAUGUACAAGCAGUGUUCUAAAUUUCAGAUACGGUCUUUUAAAUCAAAAUUUACUGAGAUAUUUUUGCAGUGCUGAACUGUUGCAGGAUAGUUCAUCUGAUAUUACUAACUCAGUAUGGAAAGUACCUCUAUUUGAUGUUUUUGAUGGUGGUAUUCAGUUACAGUUGAAGAUUUACAAAAACUCCAGGUUGGUUAAAACAAGUUCUAAGUGCUUUGUAUGUUUUCAGUAGUCAUGAUAACUAAUGGGAGACUAAAAGAGGUACAGUUCUCUGGAGUUGUGUUAUUUGACUGUUUAAAAAUGAAAUACUAACUUGACAGAAAUAAAAUAGAUUGGUUUUGCCUAAGUGUUACUCUUGUUCUGCUUCCUGUCCCUCAUGUGUUAUUAAAAAGGAGUAAGAUUUCACAUUUAACUGAAAAAUAUGAAGGUUUUACAUCUGUUUUAAAUAUUUUAAGUCAUUUAUUGAUUGAAAAAAUAGGUGAUUUGUGUGAAUUGUACCAGAAGAGCAGUGUGAUUUGUGAUAUACUUGUCAAAUACCACUGUACUUACCAUAUAAUCAUGGGAUAUCUCAAGUUGGAAGAAGACCAUAAGGAGGUGGAAGAGACCCUUAAGGUCAUUGACUCCAGCUCUCCGCUCCUUGCAGGACUACCAUAAAAUCCAAACCAAAUGACUAAGAACAUUGUCCAGACACUCCUUGAACUCUGACAGGCUUGGUGUCAUGACCACUGCCCUGGGGAGCUGUUCAGUCACCAAUCUCACCUUCUAUUUUACUCACACAGUGAUGCCAUCUAAUAUACCAUAUAAUUUUAGAGGGGUGGAAUGGAUCUUAAAGAUCACCUAGUCCCAAGCCCCUGACAUGGACAAGGACACCUCCUGCUACACCAGGCUGCUCAACACUUCAUCCAACCUGUUUUUGAACACUGACAGGGGUGGGACAUCCACAGCCUCCCUGGGGGCAACCUCUUCCAGUCCUCACCACCCUCACAGUAAAGAAUUUCUUCCUAAUAUCUAACCCAAACUUCCCCUCUUAUAAAUAUGUACCCCUUGCUCAUGUCCUAGCACUACAGUUCCUAACAGUCCCUCUCUGGCUUCCCUGUAGGCUCCUCCAAAUACUGGCAGGUUUGUUCCACACAACCUUCCCUUCUCUGGACUGAACAGCCCCAACUUUCUCAGAGCCUCUCUUUGCAGGGUAGGUUCUCCAGUCCCCUUAUCAACUUCGUGGCCCUCCUCUGGGUUUGCUCCAGCAGUUCCGUAUUCCAUCCAAGAGCUCAGAGAUGAGCUCUCAAGAGCUGAGUAGAGGGGCAGAGUCCCCUCCCUUGCCCUGCUUGGGAUGCAGCCCAGGCUUUCUGAACUGCGAGUGCACAUUGCCUGCUCGUGUUGAGUUUUCCAUGAACCAUCACCCUUAAGUCUUUUGCAGGGCUGCUCUCAAUCAGUUCUCUGCCCAGCCUGUAUAUAAAAGAUUUGUUUUCCUUCAGUUGCAAUGAGAAGGAAUAGAUAAUGAGACACAAACCCUUCAUUGACCAGGAAAGGGUCAAACUGCUAAUUCAAUUGUCUCUACAGACAGAACAGGCCCUUACAUAGGAGGAAAGGGUUAAGAGGAGAUACUUGUUUGGCCCAUGCACAGAGGCAGCAUAUAACUUUGUUCAAGAGAAGAAGAUGGGGCAGGGCAAGGCUCUGCGAUUGCUCCUUCCUGACCAAACUGUAGCUUCAUGAAAGACUAUUUUUUCUUUGACUUUGUACCAUUGACUUGGCCAUUUGCAUUUGUUGGAUUAGAAAGAAGGGAUAUGCCUUUUUCAAAGAAGGUAACAGCAAAAUAAAAAGAUAUUUUUAAAGUCAUUUGGAAGUGUUACGAAGUGAUCUUGAACAGAAUGUAGUAAGAAUUGAAUGAUGUGUGUUGUCAGCACUCAGUUAUCUCCCAGUGUGCUGUCCCAGCUGCUGAUGUUAGUUAGCUCAAGCACAGCUCUUGAUGAGUGUUACAAAACUGCAUCAAAAGACAGAUUUAGCUGUCUGUAGUCUGGCCACUUUGCUGAGGACAAAGACUGAGAAUAGUUAAGUACUGUUUGACCUAGAUAGCUCUGUGCCUGGCUAGUGCUAGAGGAUGUGCUGUGCUUUGACAGCUGGGAACCAUGAAUAGGGACGUGUGGUACCACAUGUCUUGGUCAGAUGGGCUUCUGUGCACUUGCACGUGCUGGCCCUGCAGGACUCAGCAGCAAAACAGAGCUGGUGCGGGCACCUGUGCAGGUCUUUGGAACAGGUGGGAUUGUUCAGUUGUAGCACAAAAACAACAUAGCACAAAGUAAGAGAGCUGGUGGGUUUGCCUUUUCGUUUCCUUGUAUUUGUUUAAGCGGUGGAGGAUGCUCUGUAAGUAUGGGAGAUUCCGCUGUUAUUUAUUUUAUUCAGUUUGCCCAAAGAUGAGAUACCAGGUAAGAGCACAAGUGCACAUCAUAGCUUGACAGUCAAAUGUAAUUCAAAGAAUUAUAAAGGAGCAACUAACAAUAUUGUCUGGAAGUGGAGAAUUAAUGGUUGUGGUAAAUAAAAACACGUAUGUUUACCUUAGCCAUGUGCUUUUCAAUUGGACACUUCAGAGAGGUUUAUCCUACAUGUGUAAUAGUUUCAGGACCACUUAUUAAGGUCUCUUUAUUGUUAUGGUCUGCAAGUGGCUGGUGCAAGAUUACUUACACCCUGUACAAAUCUGAAGGCUUUAUUUCUUUGAAUCCUUUUCUUAAGGUUAUUUUGUAUAUUUAUUCACAACUAUAUAUUUGAAGUUACUUUGUCAGUGACAAGACACAGCCAGUAAGGAGUUUUAUCUUAAAUCUGGCUGACACGUUGGGCUCAAAGAGUUGGAGUAAAUGGGGCUACAUCAGACUGGCAGUCAGUCACCUCGAGGCUCACUUUUAGGGUCAGUGCUCUUUAAUGUUUUUAUAAAUAAACUGUACAUAGGAGUUGAAUGUACAUUAAGGAAGUGUACUUAUGAUACUAAAUUCUGGAAGCUGUGCACUCCCUCUAGGAUAGAGAGGCCUUACACAGACAUCUGGAUAGGCUACAAAGCUGUGCAGUCCCCAGCUGAUGGAAAUUAACAGGACCAAGUGCCAGAAAUUCAGAGGAAGUUCAGACUGAACAUUAGGAAAAGACUUUUCACUGGGAGCGUGGCUGGAACAGGCUCCCCAGGGCAGUGGUUACAGCACCAAGCCUGUCAGAGUUCAAGAAGCAUCUGGAAUAUGCUCUUAGUCAUAUGGUUUAAUUUUAGGUAGUCCUGCAAGGAGCAGAGACUUGGGCUCAGUCCUUAUGGGUCCCUUCCAACUUGAGAUAUUCUGUGAUUUUAACUUAUGGAAACACAAGCUUCUUGUAACAGCAGCAACAUAAUAUUUAUAUAGAAGGAAGAAUACUAAAAAAAAAAGAGUAAUUUUUCAAGACCUUUUUGAAGACUUCUGUAAUUCACAUUCAGUGAAUCACUGCAAAAACUAAUUCGGUGUAGUUCGUGCAUGAGUAAAAUAUCCAGCUGGAUUUUUAUGAAGUACUGAGGCAUCUAUGUCUCCACGUUUUCUUUAAUAAAUGUUUUUUUUUUAAAUCCAGACGCCAGCCUCAAGGCAGAAAAGCCCUGAUGGUUAAAUAUAGAAACUUUGAGGAUUUUAAGGCGGACCAAAAGAGCUUCCAGAGGAUGUUCGCUAGGGUGCGCUCGAAGCACAUGGCUUUGGCUUUGGGGACAGGACCGUGGCACUGGCCCUGAACAGCCCCGUCCAGCUAAACCUGCUUUUGUCGGGGGUUGGUGUAGGUGGGCUCCAGAGGCGCCUUCCAACAUCAGCAGUUCCAUAAUUCUGUAGCUCAUUUAUCACAAACAAUUUAUUUUUUCUUCAAAUAUUCCGAAAAUAUUAACUUAUUUUCUGUAGAAACAAAGGUGUAAGCACUGAAGGCAACAUUAAGUGCUGUGAGAGCUCUGAGCUGAUGUGGUUGAUUAUGUGCUAGGGCAUUAAAAUGCUGGAAGUAGUCUUUGUAGUUUGAAAACCUAGGAGUACAAUUGCACCUCAUUCUGAGCCAAAAUAUUUUUAAAUUACUUCCUGGAAAGGUGUGAGAAAAUAGCAUAUUUUUCCUGCUGAGAACUACAAGUGAGAUGUGUCAGGGUAGAUUCUGGGUGACCAUUGUGUGAGCUUAAGACUUUCUGAAAAAGAGUAUUUAUGGAGCUACACAAAUGUCUUUUGGCAACAGAUCUCUAAUUAUCUCUUUAUUUUGGGGGUACCGGUUCUUGCAGUUAUUAAGGAUAAUCUCUCUGGGCACUUCAAUGUAUCACAGUUUGUAAGUGCAAUUUUCAUAAAUGAGAAGCCCACCAAACCAAUUAUUUCAAAAUUAAAUUCUGGCUUCAGGCAGAAAUUUGCCUUUCUCUGAUUUGCAUAUCUAAGUGUGUAGGAUUUUGAUAUAUUCCUGUUCAUAUAUACAAAUCCAUAUGUUUUUUUAAGUGUACAUAGAGAGAUGUACUCACACCUGCUGUUGUCUGUGGAUAUAUAGACCACUCACAGCAAGUGACAGAGGUUAGCUAAGAGUGGGCCUUGGGCUGUGUGGUUCCUGACCAGUUCAAGAGACUGUUUUAGGCUUAACACUUGGUCUGGGUGUCUACCUGCAGUGUCUGCAUUCUCUUGUGCUGGGAUUCAAAAAUUUUUACUACCCCAUUAGUCCACAUACUUCUGGGGGGAUGAUUGUUCCGCUGAGAAGAGACAGCAGGGCAGGGCAGAGCUCUCUGCAGAUUUUACACCUCUGUCCUUGCAGAGUGGACAUGUGGCCCUGCUCCUUCCUCUGGAAGGUGUUAACUCCUUCGCCCAAGGCUUAGAAGCAGCAGACUGGUAGUCAUCACCCCUUUGGAGAGAAGAGAGAAUAAUUGGUGUGUUUAGAAAGAGGAUGAGAAGGUGCUGGUGUCUGCACAGAUGUUUUUCAUGGCUUCUGCUUUGGUUUCAUUGGUAAGUCUGGGGAAGGGCAGAGCCUGAGUUCCAUUCCCACUUGUGUUGGCAGUGUGGAUAUGGUCAGUCCUGUGAGCUUCUGGGGAAACAAGGAUCCCAGUGCAUUUUGGCCUCUCCAGCUGACAAGGUGUGUGAGCACAGGCAGACAGGACACACAGCUCUGCCACAGCCUUUCCUCAAAUGCUUGUCACCCCCAUCACGUCACGGGGCGUGACAGGACUCAUUUCACUUGCAGGCUGUGGUGAAAAAUGCAUCCCAGGUUAGAAACACAGCAGGCAGUACUGAUGCACUGUGCAGAGGAAUGCAAAAUAGCAAUGCUGGUUUAUGGCUGUGUUCACAGCAGAUGAAUGACAUCCAAGCUUUGCCCCAAGGUCAAAUCAAUAUAUACCCCUAAUAAUUUAAAAUGUACAAAAAUGCUGUGUGAAUACCUACAUGUGAGAAAUAAUUCCAUUGCCUGUCCUGGUGGGGUUUCAGAUUGGCAUGUGUAUUUUUUCUCCAAAGUUACAGAAGUUAUUUUUGCCUGUGCUAACUUCUCAAGGGAAAAAUCUCUUAGGCAAGUCAGAGUAUCUUCUGACUGCUUCUCAAUCUUCAUUGUAUUUAUUCUCACAAAAUACACUAAGAAGUUAAAAGAUAUUGCAUUGGAAAAUGAGAUCCACAAUCUUUAAGCAUAUUUAGAUUUUUUUUUUUUUGUAAUUCGCACCCAUUCAGUGAAGAUGAGCCAUGGAAGUAAAUACAUCAUAGUUUUUAAUGUGUGAUUAAAAACCUGCUGGAAGUCUGGGAUGGACUAGGUACUUGGGCUAGCAUUCUUUGCUAGUGAAAAGCACAGGCCUCUGCUCACCAAACUUGUAAAUGGAUCUCAAUCUCCUACUGCUUUUUUUACUGCUAAGUAAAACAGAAGAGCUUUUGUGGAAAGUGAUCUACGUAAGGAAGAGAAUGCAUUCUGAAUUCUGACUACUGUGAGUUAGGUUUAUAUGGUUUCCCUAAGUACAAAAUUUCAAUGCUUUAUGCUGUAGCAUCUUGAUUUCCCAGCCACUUGGGUUUUAGAGAGGAACUCAUAAACAUGUUUAACAUCUCCAAAACCAGACUGGGUUUCCGUGGUGUGGACCUGAGUGGGUCCUCACCAGAGGAAAGGCUUCCCUGAUACAUAAUUUGUCCUAAGUUGUCAGUCCAUCUUGCUGGCCUUCUCCAGCUUUGGUAAAGAUGGUAAAGAAAAAAAAAAGACUGUGAAAGAAAAAAAAAAAAAGUCCAAGUUCAUGUCAGAUUUUGCUCAUUGCUCCAGCAUGAAUACAGUUUCUCAAAAUUCCUUAGCCUGGUGGACAAGUUCAUUGUCUGAAAUGUGAGAAAGCUCAUUUCAAAUUGCUUCUCUAAAUUUGGCAGAGCAAGGGUCUGGGUUUAAAACUCUUCACACUCUGAGAUCAUUUGUGAAUAUAUUUCCUAUAAUUUCUUACAGGGCAGGGCUUUCUCUGGUCGUUGAGUGACAGUGAUCCUUGGGAAGGCACUUGUUUUAUGUGUGACUUCUUGGAGGCUCUGGAGUCUUCAGAAGUUAAAAAAAAUAGAAAAAACGCUUUUAACAAACUACAUCCCAAACUUCUGUCUUCUGUUUCUGGGAAGGCAGCACUCUGGCCCUGGGAGCUGGUGCUUGCCAGAAAGCCCUUUGUAAGCUCCUGUCUCAGUCAGACCUCAGGCUCAUCCCUGACCUCACUGGUCUGGCUUUGGUAGGACUAAAAAUAGUUCAGUUUAAGAAUCUAGUCAUUGAAAACAUGCUCACAGAAACUAAAGGUCACAGUAACCUGAGGGCACUGCUGAUAAUAUUCUUGGUAAGUGAAAUGUAGUUCUGCUGGGUGGCACAGCAGGUUGCCCCAGUAAGGGCUUGCAUGGCAGUUGUGUGUUUUGAAUGUGCCUGUGAGGUCAGGAGUGUUCCUUGAGAGUUUUGUAGGAUGAUAUAAUGGAGUUUGUAUAUUGGCAGAACUUACUGGAUCAAAAAGUAAAGACAGUGCAUUGCAAGUGUGAGUUAACAAUUGCUGCAAACAGUUGGCUGAGGUUGCUGUCACUUUGAGCAGGCAAAUAAAGGAAUUACAGCCUAAUAUGCCUGUUGCUGAAAGCCUUGUUUGGAAAUGUGCCUGGAUGGGAUGUUUAAAAAAAAGCCCAUACAAUCCCUAUGUACUUCUAAAAGAUUAUUUAUAGCUUUAAAAUUUUUAUGAGGUGCAGUAAUACAAAUGUCAUAUCUCAGAAUAUAAUACCUGAAGCAAUAAAUUCCCUGCUCUCUUAACAGAAAGGCAAAACCCACAUGCAGAAGUUUCUGGGCCCUGCCUUGUGCAGCCUGGGAGGUUGCAGGUGCAUCGUGAGUUUACCUGGAGAGGAAAAAGAAAGUAUUUCCUGUUUGAUAAGAAAUGAAGUUAGAAUUACUAAAAAUGGCAAGCAGGCCAUCCAAAACUGCAGAGGAAUUUACAGAUGUGUGUGAUUUCAAAUAAAUUAAUUUUACUCUGGCCAGCAUUCAGUCAAGACUGCACAAAGACUACAAAAUUAUCCCUAAUCUUGUAACUAUGUAAAUGUAAGAGACAAAUGUAAGAGACACACCAACUGAAGUGUCCUCUGGAGGUGUAUUUUUGUAUCAUCCUUAAUCUGCUCACCUUUGAUAAUUGGAACCCAGUUAAUAACUUACUAAAAGUCAUUUAAAUAAUGACUUUUAAAUAAUGACUUCCUUUAAAUUUAAUGUUUUCAUGUCGCUUCACAGGGAAAAAAAAUAGUUCUGAGACUCAGGACUUCUGUGUUUUGAAAAACUAGAUCUGUUUGCAGGAAAGACUGGUUUUUAAAAAAGAUUACAAUUGUCUUGGAAACGUAAUUUCUUUGAAAUUAGGAAGGAAAGGUAUAUUGUGGUUGCUGUCAGUCUGAGUUUCGCUGGAUCUUCUGUUUGGUACAUUUUUGGGUUUAUUCCUUCUCUUUGAAUUUUAAAGGCUGUUUUAUUCAGGCUGCCAGUGAGGGGUGCUGCGUGAUUACCCCAGAGAUGAUGGAGCUCCUGAAUCUGUGUCCUGCUGCCAGCCAAAAAUUAUGUUUAAGCAUAAAAACAAACCCCCAAGCAAAGGAAAGCUGUGAAAGCCUCACUUUAUAAAGCGAACAUUAAAGGAUUGUCAGGAUUUUACUCCUCAGAAGCAGCCAGAAUGGAAAUCCUCAGGCAGUUGGUACUCGGUGAGAGUGGAGUGGCAGGAAGGAUUCAGCAGUGUGGGAUGUUAAAGCUGUCUGGCAGGGAUGAGGUUUUCAUGAGCAACCUGGGGGCAGAGAGGAGAGUGGCUGGGGUGGGUGUGGAAAAUCCUGACCUUCCCAAGGUGGGGAGUUUGAUACAGUAUGUUCUAAUGCUUGGAUGUGGAAGGCUCUUGAGAUUUUUCUGUCUCAAGAGAUCUCCUAGUUGUCAAACACACAAGAGAUUAUUUUGAUUUAAACCAGUUUAACAGUGUAUUUUAUCGUUGCACAUUUUUAUUUUCUUUUAAUUCUAGACAUAACAGUAUAUCCUUCCUCUUUCAUCUUAGCCGCUUGCUCACUAAAUCUGGUGAAGGUUCUCAGCCUUAAAGCUGAAAAUGUGCAUUACCUCGGUUCAAAAGAAUGCUCUUUGGUAAUAUACUCAGUGGUUUACAUCCAAAAAGUACCCUUCAAAGUAAAAAGUGCACAGCUGAUGUCCCUGUCCUGCUGUGUUGACACUGGAGCUGGAAGGCACCUUGGCUCUGUCAGGCACCAUGCAGAUGCUCAUGCUUCCUGUGGUGUCUGAGGAUGGGUUUGGAAGUAGAUCAAAGUAGAGAUUAAAAGUGCAGCUAUAACCAGGUAAGACAACAGGAAACUCCCUAUAUAAAAGAAAGAACUUCCAUCUGGGAUUUCUGAUGUGAUUUCCUUUAGUGUUGGAGUGGGUGAUGUCUGAUCCUCUUAAGGAGGGGCAGCAGGACAAGAGUUGUUCUGUUGCAGUGAAUAUUACAGACAAUGAAAGAAAAAAGUUCACCAGCUGAGAUUCAGCAGUGGCAGGAGUAGUAUUUUCUCUUUCUGUCAAAGGCAAGACUUGAGCCCUGGCUCCUACAGAACCCUGAAGAAAAAGGUUUUUCUUCUCCUUUCUGAACAAAACCCACUGAAAUAAAACAUGUAAUUUCAUUUCAUUCUGCACAAACUGCUCCUCUGGACGCAAUGAAACAUUUUGUUCUUUGGCACAGGAGGGUCAGUGUGGUCUCAGCACUCAUAUGCCAUGUGAAGUUUAUCCUUCAAACUGCUGGGGUGGAUUUCCUCAGGGCUUGUGUGUCAAUGCCUUGGGCAUCCUGAUGAUGCUCUGGGGUGAACAGGAUCUGGGCUAGGCAGCAGGGGACCCUGCUCAUGCCAGGUGGUCUGCAGGAUGCCUGAGCCUCAGCCGUGCUUGGUGGCUGGAGGAGCAUCUUCAGAGCCUGAUGGAGCUGGUCUGUCUUCACUCAGAAGGAAAUAAGGGCUGUCACUACCUCUCUGCCCUUCAGGUAAAUGCUCCAGUUGCUCAGCUGGUGGUAGCAGGGAACAGGCUGAUUUUCAAAGGAUGCUUUUACUUUGGGGCUAAUUUUCAAAGAAUUUGGGGAUUAAACCUGAGCCUUUUAGGAAAGAGAAAAAUAACCUGCGUCUCUUUCUCGGUUGGUUCCCAUUCCAGCACCAGCUUGCUUUUUCUUUCCAUGCUUCUCUGUGAUUUCUUUUGUAGGUCAUAAGGGUCUUAUCCCCUUGGCUUAGUGUCUGCAGCCUGCCAGGGAGCUGCUGGCAACAGGGCUGAUGCAGCUGUACAAUCUGCCCUGGAGGGAUGGGCCUCUUCCCAGGGAAUGCAGGGCAGGCUCAUGGUGAUUAACUGCAAGCUUUUGGCUCAUGUAAUGCAAAUGCAGCAUGGACAAGAAGUAACAUUUGCCAUCCUUUUGCAAAAGUUUUGAACAUAAGAGUUUGCUGAGUCCUGCUUGGGAGGUUUUGCUCAUUAUUUAUCAAACCACCACUUUUUUAGGCACUUCUGCACAGUCUGUCACAUCUGCAGCACAGGACCGUGUGCCAUGGCACCCAGAGGGAAGCAGCAGGAGGGAGGAGGCUGUGCAGUGCUGGGGACACAUGCCCUGAUGAGGCUGCCUGUGUCCCCCUGCACCGUGGUUCUUAGCAAGGCAGAGGCUCUUGCCCAGGGGCAGAGAGGGAUUUCUUCAUCCUUCCCUGCAGACAGUGCUAUCCCAGGAUUGACUGUGCGGAAAUUAAAUAUGGAUCUCAGUGUCCUUAAAAAUGCAAUAUGACCCCAUGCUUUUAGUGCUGUGUAAUUCCCACUGAGAAAAGCUCUUCCAGACUCCUGUUUGGUCUCUUUUACACGUGCUCAUUCUUCACCUCUUGCUUUGUAGGCAUAUAUUAACCUUUGCUUUCUGAGUGCCUCUUCCAUGAAAUGUCUCGGGGUCUGAUUAUUUUCCUCAGGAAUAUUGGCUUGCACCUUCUCCAUGUUAUUUUUAUCUUUUGACUGUGCAGGAUUUGUAAACUUUUCAGGCCCCGUUGUAUCAUUUCUGUGUGCUCAUGGCUGUAACACCUCCUGGCUCCAUACUGGCUCCAAAUGCAGCAUGCUAUUUCCUAUAAACACUAAUGAGAAGACAUCAGCUUUACAUCAGCUCGGAUGUGUGCCAGGACAUGUGCUCCCCAAUGGACUGCUCCUCUGCUGGGUGCCUUGAAGGAAUGAAGCAGUGACGAGUUGGUGGGUGCUUGUCUGACAGCCAGGGGUGUGAGGUUGUGCCUUGUGCUCCUGCUGGUGAGCGUGGCACAGCUGGCUCAGCUCAGGGCACAGCUGGCUCAGCUCUGGGUGGCUGGGUGGGCCUCGGGCCAUCUGCAUGUCACUGGUGUGAACAGCUGGGUUAGCCCGAUGGACCCCUGAGGAGUGGGGGCUCUCCAGUCCCUCCUGACCCAGCCUGGGACCCUGGUGCAGUGGGUAGACAGCUCUACUGGAAAUGUUGAUAUCAGAGAGAACUUUUAGCCUUUGCUGGUGCUUGGAGAUUGCAGACUAUUUGCAUGGCAGUGUAUUUAUUCAGUGGUAUGGCAGCAGCCCAGCCAGGGGCACUUACCAGAAAGCCUCAGUGAUUAAAAAGUGGAAGAAGCUGUAAAAUGGAGAGAGAGAGAAUGAACGGGAGAAUGGGAUUUAAACCUUCUUCCCUGCUCUUCCCUGGCUGAGGUCACUUGGUUUGUUCGAUCUAGUGAAGAGGAGACUGAGGGGAGACCUCAAAGCUUUCUGCAGCAUGUCCACAAGGGGAAGCAGAGGGGCAGGCAUUGAUCUUUUCUCUCUGGUGACAGUGACAGGACCGGAGGGAAUGGCCUGAAGUUGUAUCAGGGGAGGUUUAGGUUGGACAUUAGAAAAAGGUUCUUCACUCAGAAGGUGGUUGGGCCCUGGAACAGGCUCUCCAGGGAAGUGGUCACAGCAUCAAGCGUGACAGAGUUCAGGAGGCCUUUGGAAAACACUUCCAGGCACAUGGUGUCAUUCUUGGGCUGUCCUGUGCAGGGCCAGGAGGUGGAUUUGAUGAUUCCUAUGGGUCUCUUCCAACUCAGGAUAUUUUAUGAUCCUGUGAUCCACGUGGACCCUGGGAUCUCUGUUCAUGUUUAGCUCUGAAACAAGGACAUUUCCCUGUGGCUAGGAGUGCUAGAAAAUAAUCUUUCUGGGCCUAAUACGAGCACCUAUCAAAGACUCAAUUUCUGUCAUUUUGUAAGACAUGGGAUCAGUAUGGUAAUUGCUGUCUCAGGGCCGGAGCUCCCUUCAGGCUUGCACAAAAAUUGAGUAGGUGAUAAGAGCCAGGGCUGUGGGCAAUUUUACAUGGGUGAGUCUCUGCAUACAUAUCCAUUGCUUCAGAGGUAAAGCACUUUGCACUGGAUGCAUAAAAUAUGAUAAUUCCCCAAAUGGCAGAUUAGAGCAGGAAGAGCACUUAUUUAAUGUUUUUCUACCCUUAUAUUUUCCCAAGAGCUGGAUAAAAACAUUAGCAGCCAGGAGCUCUUCUGUCCUUGUUCGUGGUGGACGUGCUAUUCUGCUUUGUGUCUGUACAGGCUUCACAGGUCCCAUGGUCUUCAAUAGGGGUUGGGCUUGCAGUAACUUUGGGCCCACAAGGGAUGGGUCAUAGAAAUGUGCUGAACAGGAGGAAGGAAAAAGCCAGUGGUGCAGAAGCAGAGCACAGCAGGACCCACCAGUGGGUGAAGAAUGGCCAUGGGUUUACUUGCAGACCUUGGGGCUCUGGGUCUGGUGGCAGAGGGUGCCCUCUGCACAGCCCCACAGCUGGCACUCAUGGUUCUGUGGUCGCCAGUGUGUCGGUUUUGGAUCAAAGCUGCCCCCUCACUGGGCAUCCCCCAGGGGCUGGAACAGCCCUGCCAGCCAGUCCAUUUUCCCCUGUGUCCCCCAGCUCCUGCUGAGCCCAGACUAAACCCAAGAAAAGCAUGAAAGAGCAUGGGGGGGCCUCAGCCAGGGUCAGGCAUAGCAGUGGCAGAGGCUGAUCUGAGCUCACAUCUCUGCCUGUGUUGAAAAGACUUUACAAACAUUUGGAAAAAGAAAGAGAGGAGAAAAUAUUAAUUUGACACACUGAAAAAAAUUGAACUAUAUAGAACUAGGGUUGCAGAAUGUAUUAAUUUAAAAACAUAAGAAAUACUUUAAAAAAUGCAAAGCAAUGUUGUAACUGAUCAGCUUCUGAAAACCUGAGGUAAAAACUGAGUUAUACUUAUUAGGGUACAAUGGAAGUUUAAGUGAGACAUGAAAGAGAUAUGUUCUGACUAAUAUAUUGGAUUUGCUGUAAUUUUAUUGAGUCUAGUGCAUGGCUGGCACCAUGCCUUCCUUCACUUCACUGCUGCAUCAUAUGAGCACUUGAUGCUGUCAGCGGAGGGAAAGGAGCAGGCACCAAGAGUGGAUUUUCAAAUGCAUGUUAUCACAGUUUGGCCCAAGGAAAAGUGAUGGCUUAAAGGAGCUAAAAUCAAAGCUGCAGUCCUCUUAAAAACAUCAUUUUAGGGUCUCCUCGACCCACUUCUGGCUGUGCUCAAGCCACUGAAAAAACCUGAACUGCCACAUUACCUCCCGUACGAUGACAGAGGGACUCAGGGAGAAAACAAAGAAAAAACUGUAAUCGGCAUCAAGCCGUAAUGAAACUAAAUUUUGCCUUAACUGUGUUCAGUUCUGCUGCUGCUGCUGCUGUCACAUGCCAGAGGCUUUUGUUCCUAAUUGAAAAUGAUAGCUCCCUGGGUGCUGGGGAGGCAUGUGGCAGCCUUUUAUUGCCGUGUGGAUUAUGUGCCCGCUAUAUUUUACACACUGCCUGGAGAAAUGCGGCAGAUUUUAUUGAUAUGAGCCACCGUCCCUCAUCAUGUUUUUUUCUGUCUCCUUUGCAUUCUUGGUGCAGCUCAUUUCCAAUUUUAUUAACAUCUGGGAUGUGGUAGGAAGGCUUCACUACAAAAAUUAGCAGAAGCCUCAGGAAAAAAAGUCCCCAGUGCUUGGAUUACAGAGAUGCACACAAGUAUAAUUCUGAUAUUUCAGUAAAAUAUAACUGAGGGAAAAAAAAUCCCCUGAAUUUUUUGAUCACAAAAAAGUUAAAGAAAUUUAAUUUUUCCUCAAUAAGGUUAAUUUAGUCUAUCAAACCAAGGAGAUUAAUGGAAGUGCAAAAAAGAAUAGUUUAGAAACUAAGCUUUAGAAAGCAAGAUAAGGCUAAUGACAAAAUAAAUCACUUUAUAACCAUCUACCAAGAGCGGCUUAUGAGUAAUGAGGUACUGGGUGGGUGUCCCUUUCUGAGCUGUGCCCCUUCCCCUGCAGUGGUAGAGCAGCAGCUCCCAUGUCCCACCAUCACCCAGUGAGUUUGCAUCUUUGUGUCCUGCUAGGGCUGUGCUGAACAGGGGGGAUGCAGUGCUGGACAUCAUCAGCUGCGGGCUGCAGGGCUGUGAUAUCAGCCUGCACUGCUGCAGGAGCAGCCUGCACUGCUGCCAGCCUCACCAGCUCUGAAAUCAGCAGGACACUUCAGCAGAGGGGUGCCAGGGUGCAGUUUCCUCUCACUGCUGAGAAGGGCAGCAUGAUAAAAGCUUCUCUGCAUGUGUGAACCUGAUGCAGGUUCAUAAUCAGGUGAGAAAAUUGGCUGACCUGGGGAGCUCCUUCUCAAGCUACAGCCAUGCCAGCAGUGGCCCUUGCCUGCACCCACCCUAAAGUCCAGAGGGGGUUUGGAUGCCCACAUUUAGCGGCCUAAUUUUGGUCUGAGCCCCCAGGGAUCACGUGGUUCAGUAGCAGUGAUGGCUGUGCCUGGGCUGCUGGGUGCCAGCAGGUUGGUGUCUGACCCACCACUGCCCAGGGGCGUCAAACACUGACCUGACCUGACCUGCACCCUGCUGCUGCCUGAGCUGGCACAGGGAAGAGCCUGUGAUAGAUGAGCCCCAUCCCAGCACUCCUGGGUAGUUGCUGUGGGCUGCUUCAUCCCUUCUACGUGUGCUGAACCUCUGGAGUUGCUUGGCAGUGCACAAGGGGUGGUGGGAGAUGCUGCCCCACCAGCUGCUGGAGUAUCCAGCCACGUCUAAGGUGGCUUUGCUUCAGGCACCAGCCAGUAUUGAGGCAGUGAUGUGAUUCUCCAUAUCCUUGGGAUAACCUCCUGAGCUGCUGGCUCCCCUCCUGGCACAGUGUCUGACGCCCAGGAUGGGGAAUGUGGAGGCUGAGAGGUACCUCAGGGCCCUCACUGGCUUUCUGCUCCAUAUAAAUAACCAGAUCCUGCUAGAGCUGAUCCUCCCCACCCCAGUUACUCUCCCUGGCUUUCUUGUGCUCCUCUCUCUCAGCUAAUGAGUAUUUAUUUUGACAAAGCAAAGCAGUGCUUUUAACAAAGUGUCUUGGGCAACGUCUAGCAUAAAUUUGGUAUGAGUUUCCAGAGCAAUUUACUGUGCUAUGGUCAGGGUAAAUGGGUUGAGGUACAAUAUGGCAGCUGCUCUUCAUAUUAAGCCAUGGGAAAUGCUCAAGAAUGCAUUUUACUGCCUUUAAAUCUGAAUGAGCACUGCUCUUUUUAAUUAAGGGCUCUUCUGUGAGAACUGGAGAAUUGAAGGAAGGGGGACUUGAUUUUUUGCUUCAGUUUACUUUUAAAGUACCUGUUUCAGAGUACUCUGACAUUAAUAGAAAGUUUGGGCAUUGCAUAAUUUCUCUAAUGGAUCCUAUUUCUGCAUCUCCAAACUGGUGGGAGGUCAUCAGAGAAAAUUCAGAAGCUGCCAGAAUGACCAUGCCCUUCAGACAAGGGAGUCACAGCUCAGACCUCAGGGUGGUUUUCCUCAACUUCCUGGUGUUGCCUUACAGCUGACAUCUAAAACUGUUCCAGUGCACCCCAUGCUCUAGUUGCAAACACAGGUAGCCCUGGACCAGCUUAAAUGGCAUCAGUCAAGAUGGCAUGCAGCUCAGCAAGAACACCUGGCUCUUUUCUGGUGCUGAAGGAGUGAUGGUGGUAUGCAGAAAGAGAUGUGUAUGUAAAUGCAUAUAUACAUGUGUGUGGUUUAUGUGUUACAUAUAUGUGUUUAUCACAGUAGUCAAGGCAAAGCUCACAGAAUGUUCACAGAAUAAGCUGAGUUGGAAGGGACCCAUAAGGAUCAUCGAGUCCAGCUCCAGGCCCUGCACAGGACACCCCAAGAGUCAUGCCCUGUGUUCAGCUUGUGGAGCAAUAACCAACAUCUGGAGCAAUAACCCUCAUCUCAGCCACUCCCAGGAGCUGCAGGUUGUCAGCCACGUCAUCCAAGCCUUUGGAAAACCACCUGCUGUGUUUUCUAACAGCAAUGAACAAAACUCUUGGAGUAAACUCAAGCCUGCUUCUUAAUUUAUGGAGAAAUGCAGAAGUCUAAAUCUAGCUCCAAGAAGAUUAGAUUACAAACUUGGAGUGGAAAAACUUCAAGGAGACCAGUUCUGCAAGCUGCUGAAAGCUUCGAGUUAUUGAAGGCCCUGAGCUGCUAUGGACACCUCUUCCCUCCCAGGACAAGACUAAGGAAAACUAUUUCCCUGUGGAAGAUGCCACAGGGCACAGCUGCCAGCACGGGCACAGCUGCAGAAGCCAGCCUGGCGCGCUGCCCGCCUGGCACGGUGCUCUGGUGGUGCGGAGCGUUGUACAGGAGCGCUGUGCUGAGCACGUCUGAGAGUUUUGACUUCUGCAGUGACUUUUGUUUCACAACCAACUGGCACAAAAACUGCUGCACAUCCAGCGAGGGGUAUCCAGCAGGAGAAGUAACCCCAGCACAUGAUGGUGUCUCAGGAAGCAGCGGGUCCUGGUUGCAUUUCACGUUUCCAGCUGUGUCCUGUAACUGUUCCUGUGUAGGAGUGUUGGAGAUACCUGGGCGGUGCUUCUGUGUCUAAACCUGGUAAUCUAACAAGAGAAACAGGCCAUGGGUGCAGCAAAUGUUUUCCUGCCUCUUGGAGACACAGCAGUGUGUUACAUCAGAGGAGAACAAGCUGGGAGCAAUAGACAUAACAGGAUUAAAAUGAUGGCUGCUCUGUCAUUUUCCAUUUUCCUAGGUGCCUGAGAAUUGCUGAAAUAUGGCUGAAAUGCCACCGUGAUGCAUCUUGUUUAAAAAGUGAUUUGUUAAAAGGAAAAUCCACGCCAAAUAACUGAAUCUGCUCCAUUAAAAUAAAAUGUAAACACUAGCCCCAUGGUUUAA